GGAUGUGAAGAACAGUUCUUGCUGUUAGACAAGCCUCCUAGUAUGGACAGUGGGAUUCAGACACACAUUUGUGUAGGAAUCUGGGACUGAGCACCUUGUGCUUGUUUCUUGCUACUCCUUCUACAUGUCUCUCAAAGGAGAAUCCUACAUUCAGAGUGUGGUCAGCCAGAAAGCCGAUCAGAAGAUUACGCGCUGUACGAGGAGAUAGGGACCCAUCCUCUCCGUGACAUCAACCAAUUAUAUUUCAUAUAAUAAGUUUAAGGAAGUUACAUAAGCAUACCACGGUUACUUAAGCCGGUGCUUAUAGGAAAUAAAUGCAUUUCGCCAUCCACCAUAUUGGUGCAGUGUGUGAUUUGUCCGGCCAGUUUGUAAGUUCGCCGUGGUCUCCCUCCGAACCGGGUCGCCCUGCCUGGUCUCCUUUUGAACCAGGUCGUCUUGCCUUGUCCCCCCAAGGCAACAUAGUGGUGUCGAAACCCGGGACCGCUCCCGGACACACGGGUCCGAGCAGCGGGUGACAGGAUUUGCGCUGGAGGAGGGAGACGGUGGGAGCAGCAGGACUGACUUUGGCGGGGAGGACGCUCCCGUACCGCCGAGAUGGAUGCGCUUGGCAAGGUAGUUAUGGAACUUUAUAAGCAGUGGGAGAUUGAGUGCAAAUUAAGAGACUUUGAAUGCGCAAUCAUGCGGUUGUUAAAAUUAAAAGCCAUCGAUCGCCCCGUGGACAUCCUGCAUUCAGGGUGCUGGGAAAGAUGUACUAACGCCCUUGCUAACGAUGUUAUUGUCUCCGGCACAAGUAAAUGCCUCAAAAGCUGGGGGAGGGUCGCCCAGGCUCUGGAAAAGGCUUUGUUGGAGCAGGAGACAUGGAAGGCGGCUCAGAGUAGUUUAAAAAUCACACCAAAAGUGGGGGUGGGGGCUACCACUCAGACCGCUUUUGGUGAUUGCGCCGCAGAUCCGAGUCCGCCGCCCAAAACUAACGGUUGCUCGUGGUCCCAGUCCCCUAACUCGACCCCUGAUCUAACAACUAAACCGAAGCAACCGCUAAACAGCGACGGUGUUUGUGAGCCUCGGAGUGAUUUUGACCGUGCGGGCCCGGAGGAAGUUUGGGGGGGGCCACCACCCUAUGUGCCGCAGCAUGGCGCCGGGCGUGAAGAAGAAGGGCGGGGCGAGGAGCUGCUUCCCGCCACACGCGUGCGCAGACGGGACCCCGAGGACAAGGGGGAGGAAAGCGCGGGCACCAGGGGGGAGGAGAGUCCCAGGCUUGAUCGGGGGCGCGUCCUAAAACAUUCCCCAAUAGGGAAAGACACUCCCCAGAAGGGAGGCGGAGGGCUGUCCCUGCACCUAAAAGCAUAUGGGCCUGUCACACACCAGGUAUCACUCCCUGUGUUUCCAUUAAGCACUUUGAUGAAUCUAACGAUUUUUGCAUUCAAGUUAUUAUCGUUCCCAGAAUUCUGUACCACUCCAAUGACGAUGUGCUCCUUCGCUUUCAAGAAAUAUCCUAUCGGCAAAAGCGAGAACUGAUAACCACCAUCAGCCUUGCAGUGCUCCUGAGCCUGGGAGCAACAGGCACAGCAAAGGGUGUCUCAGCGCUAGUGUCGCAAAAGCAAAACUUAAUACAGCUACAGAAGACCAUAGAUGAAGAUCUGCUUGAAAUCCAAAAGACCAUUCUAAAGCUAGAAGAGUCCCUGUUCUCCCUGUCAGAAAUGGUAAUGCAAAACAGGCGAGGUUUAGAUCUUCUGCUGAUGCAGCAAGGAGGCCUGUGUGUUGCUUUAAAUAAAGAAUGCUGUACCUAUGUAAACCACUCCGGAAUAAUCAGAAAAUUUAUGGCGAACUUAAAGACAGGCUCCAGCACCGUAGCCAAGAGCUCCAACAGCAAAACUGGUUUGAUUCCCUUUUUAACCAACACCCUUGGAUUACCGCCCUUAUAUCCACCCUGAUGGGACCAGUUAUAGUUGUUACAUUCGCGUUUAUGUUUGGUCCCUGCCUCCUUAAUAAAAUAGCCCAGUUUGUUAAAGCUCGCCUGAGCAGAAUUGACAUUAUGCUUUUAGAACAAAGGCAGUUAGCUUAAAAUAAUUUCAGCCGCUUGCUUAAUUUGUUGGUUUGAUAAGUUGCAUAGCCAAGUUGUAACUGCAUUUUAACGUUUAAAAGAGUUUGUGCUUUUACUACUAAUAUGUUCUGUAAGUUACUACUAACAUAAAUUUAACACAGUUACAGAAACUUAACCAUUCAUGGAGAGGGGGGAAAUGUGGUCAGCCAGAAUGCCGAUCGGAAGAUUACGCGCUGUACCAGGAGAUAGGGACCCAUCCUCUCCGUGACGUCAACCAAUUAUAUUUCAUAUAAUAAGUUUAAGGAAGUUACGUAAGCAUACCACGGUUACUUAAGCUGGUGCUUAUAGGAAAUAAAUGCAU